UGCCACGUGGAGCGAAAAUUCUUCUCAGCGCACAAGUAGAACAAGAACAAAGCUUGAGACCGUUUUGUACAUGCUUUUGCUGCUGCUUUUGUUGGUCUGUUUCUUCACUCACUUACUCACUCUCUCUCUCUCUCUCUCUGUGCAACAACAAGAAAACGCAAAGCAAUGGAAUUGAAGAAUGAUCUAAUUUGCCCCAAUUCUCCAUUUGUGUGGGAUGGAAAUAAAUUCUCAGAUUGUUUUGAUCACCUAGUUCUGGGAUUUGGUGCAAAUGUGGUGACUAUUAUUAUGAUUUCAGUGAUAGCAAUUACUCACAGGAAUGCUAGAAGAAUCCAAGGGAUGUACUUACCAGAAAAGAUUACAUCACAAUUUCUACCAGCACUUGGAGCAUGUUUAUCAUUUGUGGACAUGAUUUUGCUUUUCAAGAAAGAACUUUAUGGAGGUUUUGUAGUAUAUCAUGAAUGGCUUUUCAGAAGUUCUCAACUGAUAGUUUGGACAGCCAUCAUACUUUCUUCAAAUUUGGUCUGCUUCAAAGACAUAUUUUGCCACCGGCUACUCUGUUUCUGGUGGAUCAUGAAAUUAGUGCUGGAAAUCAUUCAUCUGCACAAAACAUUUGCUUCAAUGGAGGUUUUAGAAUGCCUGAAAGAGAGUUCAGUCAUUUUGUUGGAUGUUUUAUUUAGCAUAUCCAUCAACAUUAUCAGGAUUAGGGCGGCAUCUCCAAAGAACAGUUCAAUAGAAGAUCCACUUCUUUCUGCUGAUAUAGAUAUUGAGCAAGCUUAUCCUGUGGACUCUGGAAAUAUUCAGAGCUGUUGGAAUCUCAUGACAUUCAAAUCUAUCACUCCUGUGAUGAAGCGCGGUAUUAUAAAGCAGCUUGACUUUGAAGAUUUGCUUGGGCUACCUGAUGAUAUGGAACCUUUAUCCUGUCAUGAUAGAUUGUCAUGCUGCUGGCAAGCUCAGCAGACUAGCUCUAACCCACUCUUGCUCAAGGCAAUCUGUUGCGCAUAUGGAUGGCCAUAUUUUCGUAUUGGUUUAUUAAAGGUGUUCAAUGAUUGCAUUGGUUUUGCGGGACCAUUGCUUCUCAAUAAGCUUAUUCGGUUCCUUCAACGAGGUUCUGCACAUUGGGAUGGCUAUCUUUUAGCAUUAUCCUUAGGCCUUACUUCUGUCCUGAAAUCCUUCUUAGAUACACAAUAUUCAUUUCAUCUUGCUAAGUUGAAGCUAAAGCUACGAGCUAGCAUUAUGACUGUAAUUUAUCAGAAGUGUCUAUGUGUAACCCUAGCAGAGCGAUCCAAAUUUUCUGAGGGCGAAAUACAAACAUUUAUGUCUGUAGAUGCUGAUCGAACUGUCAAUUUGUGCAACAGUUUCCAUGAUGUGUGGAGCUUGCCUUUACAAAUUGGAGUGGCUCUGUACCUUUUGUAUACACAAGUCAAAUUUGCUUUUCUAUCUGGACUGGCAAUAACCAUCCUAUUGAUUCCAGUGAAUAAAUGGAUUUCUGAAUUAAUUGCAAGUGCUACUGAGAAAAUGAUGAAGCAAAAGGAUGAGAGGAUAAGAAAGACAGGAGAAAUUUUGACAUAUAUUCGCACUUUAAAGAUGUAUGGGUGGGAGCAUCUUUUCUCUAGCCGGUUAAUGGAGACAAGAUCUACAGAAGUGAAGCACUUAGCUACGCGGAAGUAUUUGGAUGCAUGGUGUGUUUUCUUUUGGGCUACAACACCAACUCUCUUCUCUCUGUUCACUUUUGGACUUUUUACAUUGAUGGGGCAUCAACUGGAGGCUGCAACGGUCUUCACUUGUCUUGCUCUGUUUAAUAAUUUAAUCUCUCCUCUCAAUUCAUUCCCGUGGGUCAUCAAUGGAUUGAUUGAUGCCUUUAUAUCAACCAGGAGAUUGAGCAAGUUUCUUGGUUGUCCAGAGAACAAACAUAAAUUAGAACAGAGAACUGAAUCUCUUUCUCCAAAUUACCAGUCCAACUUUGUAUCUGAUGAUAUGGCUGUUAUGAUGCAUGAUGUAUGCUGUGCUUGGUCAAGUGGUGAUGAACAGCAACAGAAUCUGGUGCUAAAUAAUGUGACUGUAACUCUUCCAAAGGGGUCAUUCAUUGCAAUUGUUGGAGAGGUUGGUUCAGGUAAAUCAUCCUUAUUGGGUGCUAUAUUGGGGGAAAUGCGAUUCAUUCGAGGGUCAGUUCACUCUAGUGGAUCUCGAGCAUAUGUGCCACAGGUUCCAUGGAUUUUGUCUGGAACAGUACGUGAAAAUAUUUUAUUUGGGAAGAAUUAUGAUUCAGAGAGAUACUUGGAUACAAUAAAGGCUUGUGCUCUGGAUGUUGAUAUUUCAAUGAUGGCUGGAGGUGACAUGGCUUACAUUGGAGAGAAAGGAGUCAACUUAUCUGGUGGACAGAGAGCUCGCAUUGCUUUGGCAAGGGCCAUUUAUCAGGGAUCAGAUGUAUACAUGCUUGAUGAUGUCCUUAGUGCAGUUGAUGCAGAAGUUGCGAGGUGCAUUUUACAGAAUGCUAUUUUGGGUCCGCUUUUGGAUCAAAAGACCCGUGUCCUUUGCACCCACAAUGUCCAGGCAAUAUCUUCUGCUGAUAGGAUAGUUGUCAUGGAGAGAGGGCAUGUGAAAUGGGUUGGAAAUUCAACGGACUUGGCUGUUUCAUCAUAUUCAGCAUUCUCUCUGCAAAAUGAAUUUGAUACAUUAUCUUAUGUUCAAGGACAAGGGCUCAGGAUAAAUACUUCUACUGAAAGCAUCAAAAGUCCCUCAGUGGACAAAGAAUCUAUAUGUGUUUCAGAAGAAGCACAAGAAAUUUUUGAAGUUGAGCUGAGGAAAGCGGGCAGAGUUGAACUUGCUGUAUACAAGAAUUAUGUAGCAUUUUCUGGCUGCUUUAUCAUAGUUGUAAUAGGCCUUUCAGCUAUUCUAAUGCAAGCUUCUCGUAAUGGCAAUGACUUGUGGCUGUCGUAUUGGGUUGAUACAACAGGAAGCAGCCACGGAGGCUUCUCCACAUCCUUCUAUCUGGCUGUACUCUGCAUCUUUUGUAUUGUAAAUUCAUCCCUAACGCUGGUGAGGGCGUUCUCAUUUGCAUUUGGUGGCUUACGUGCUGCGAUUCAGGUGCACAAUACAUUGCUUAAGAAGCUUAUUGAUGCGCCUAUACAAUUUUUUGAUCAAACACCUGCUGGAAGAAUACUUAACAGGUUUUCUUCAGAUCUCUAUACAAUAGAUGAUUCUCUUCCAUUCAUUCUCAAUAUUCUCCUUGCCAACUUUGUUGGCCUAUUAGGAAUAGCAAUCAUUUUGUCAUACGUGCAGGUUGCCUUCUUGCUUUUGUUAUUGCCCUUUUGGUUUAUCUACAGCAAGUUACAGUUCUUCUACAGAUCAACAUCACGGGAACUGCGGAGGCUGGACAGUGUUUCUCGGUCUCCUAUAUAUGCAACCUUCACAGAAACACUUGAUGGAACAUCCACUAUAAGAGCAUUUAAGUCUGAGGACUGCUUCUUGGCCAAGUUCACUGAGCAUGUAGGUUUGUAUCAACGAACUUCUUAUUCUGAAACAAUAGCGAGUUUGUGGCUUUCCCUGCGUCUCCAGUUGAUAGCAGCAUUUAUUAUCUCAUUUGUUGCUGUGAUGGCUGUUGUGGGAUCCCGUGGUUAUUUGCCUAUUAGUUCUGGGACUCCUGGACUGGUUGGUUUGGCUCUGUCAUAUGCAGCUCCGAUUGUGUCAUUGCUAGGAAGUUUUUUGACAAGUUUUACUGAAACUGAGAAGGAAAUGGUUUCUGUUGAGAGAGCUCUUCAGUAUAUGGAUAUUUCCCAAGAAGAGCUUGAAGGAUCUCAGUCUUUGGGUCCUGAUUGGCCAUUUCAAGGACUGAUAGAAUUUCAAAAUGUUACAAUGAGAUACAAGCCAUCUUUGCCGCCCGCUCUAGAUGGUGUGACUUUUACCGUUGCGGGAGGAACACAGGUUGGAAUUGUUGGAAGAACAGGAGCUGGAAAAUCCAGUAUCUUGAAUGCCCUUUUCCGCCUUAGUCCAAUAAGUGGCGGUUGUAUUUUGGUUGAUGGCCUAAACAUAAUUGAUGUCCCCGUUAGAGAUCUCCGUGCACACUUUUCUGUUGUACCCCAGACUCCAUUCCUAUUUGAAGGUUCAUUAAGGGAUAACCUAGAUCCUCUCCAGACGAGUAGUGACCUGAAAAUCUGGAGUACACUGGAGCAAUGCCACAUCAAGGAGGAAGUAGAAAUGGCAGGUGGACUGGAUGCUCUUGUAAAGGGAUCUGGAUCAUCAUUUUCUGUUGGGCAAAGGCAGCUCCUAUGCCUUGCGCGUGCUCUUCUCAAGUCUUCCAGGGUACUUUGUUUGGAUGAAUGCACAGCUAACGUUGACACUCAAACAGCUUCAAUACUACAAAAUGCAAUAUCUACCGAAUGUGAAGGCAUGACUGUGAUCACAAUUGCUCAUCGCAUUUCCACUGUUAUGAAUAUGGACCACAUCCUUGUUCUAGACCGCGGAAAUGUGAUUGAGCAAGGAAACCCACAAGCUCUUCUACGAGAUGGGUUCACAAGAUUUUCAAGUUUUGCAAAAGCUUCUACCAUGUGAUUGCCUAACUGCUUGCACAUGCUAUUAUCAGAAACCAAUAUAUUUCUGGAUGAAGCUGUUUGGUCAUUGCAAGGUCCCUCUGGUGAUGCUAUAAAUAGAUAGCCACCACCGGUAGGACUGUGACCGGCUAGCCGUCUCCAACUCAGAACUGAUUCUGUUAAUGAUGGCUUGUACUUAAAAGUUCGGAAAUGUUUUAACUUGGGAGUCCUGACCACAAUGCUUGUAGAUGGUUAUUAUAGUUGCUCUACCUGAAUAUUCUCUA